AAAGGGGAGUGGAGUAGUAUGAAUGAGCCAGUAACUGAAGCUCCAUCCAUCGCCGCCGCGACACUCAUUUUCAAGCUUCAUCCAUCGCCGCCGGGACACUCAUUUUAACAGUGACAACGGUAAGAGUCUAUGAAUGCAUAAAAUAUAGCUUAUUGCAAAAAUCGAUUAUUCCACCAUGCUUUCUCGUUUAAUCCCCAAAAAACCCUAUCAUUUCCGUCGCCUUUUCUCUCUCCCUUCCAAACAACCCUAUUUACCCAAUUCGCAUUUCACCACUCUUCCAAAACCCUUCUCCAGUAGCAGCAGCAGCAAUAACAACAAUAACAAUACCAAGGAUCCGUUUUCCAAUGUUUGGAAGAGUUUCGGAGAAUCCGACGACAAGUUUGACAAUUUGUUUACGGAAGAAAGCCAAAGUGUUGAUGGAGGGGAGAGAGUAAGGAAGGUUGCGGAUGCUGAUGCUGAUGAGGAUAAGUGGUAUUUGGAAGAGAAAGGUAUUGAUAAUGAGGAUGAGAAUACUUUGUUUAAAGGAAUCGACAAUGAAUCCGAGGGGAAGACUAGUGGAAGUGGUGAGUUUGGUGGCCACAUUGAUCAACCUUGGAACAUGAAAGAGGAUACUGGUGAUGUUUUUGGUUUCAAAGAGGAGGAUGUUGUGGGUAAGGAGGAAGUUGGGGAGCUUCAUGUUUUUGAGGAUGGUCAGACGAAAGAGGAUGUUGAGAAGCUUGAGAAGGAAGAGAAACAACUUACUGUCAUUCUUGAAGGACCAAAACGUGCUUUUGGUGAUUUGAUUGCUGCUUCAGGAAUCACGGAUGAAAUGCUUGACAGUUUGAUUGCGUUGAAAGAUUUUGAAGGGAUUGAUGGGUUGCCCCCUCUUAGGGUAAUAGAAGAUAUGCGCUAUGAGAACAAUACUAGAAAAUCCACCAGAGCUGAAAUGGAGCGUCUAAAGCAAGAGGAAGCAGCAAAAGCAAGAGUGAGACAAGUAGAUGAUAAAGGACGUGCUUAUGGAACAGGAAGGAGAAAAUGCAGCAUAGCACGUGUCUGGGUUCAGCCUGGUAACGGUAAAUUUAUGGUUAACGAUAAAGAAUUUGAUGUCUAUUUCCCUAUGAUUGAUCACCGUGCUACUCUCCUUCGGCCUUUCUCUGAGACAAAGACGUUGGGGCUCUGGGAUGUUAAUUGUACUGUGAAAGGUGGUGGUGUUUCAGGGCAAGUUGGUGCUAUACGAUUGGGUGUUAGCAAGGCUUUGCAAAACUGGGAACCAGAAUUGCGACCGGCACUUAGAAGCGUUGGCUUCUUGACAAGAGAUUCAAGAGUGGUAGAAAGGAAAAAACCUGGAAAAGCAAAAGCAAGAAAAAGUUACCAAUGGGUCAAGCGUUAAUCAAGUAUCAUUCUCUCGGUGGCAUUUUUUGUUGGGAAUAUUGACAAAUCCUCAAUAACUUGUUAAAAUUCAUUGAUCAUGUACUGCACCAUAAGAGAUGUUAACCAAUGUUUGGAUUUCGACGACUCUGAUGAUAGAAGAAUAUUUGUGUUACGUGUCAUUUGCCCUUUCCAGAGAGAUUAUAAUUGCUGUUUUUUUACAGUAGUCCUAGCUUGUUGUAUUAGGGAUAUGCAUUGUGGUUAUUUUUGUGUAGUCAUGUUUUUGAUAUACUUGUAUUUCUGAUAAAAAGUGGAACAUUUCAUGCUUUAUCUUUUUGGUAAAAUAAAGGGAACCAACAUCAUUCUUGAA